AUGUCGCGCCCAGAAGACAUCCUACCGCCCGACCUCUUCUACAAUGACUCCGAAUCGCGCAAAUACACCACCUCCUCUCGUAUCCAAAAGAUCCAAUCCACAAUGACGCACCGCGCCCUCUCCCUCCUCGCGCUCACCUCGCCAUCCAUGAUCCUCGACGUCGGCUGCGGCUCCGGUCUCAGCGGCGAGAUCCUGUCGCAUUCCGCUGAACAAGGCACACCCGGCGGCCCACACGUAUGGAUCGGUUUCGACAUCAGCGCAUCCAUGCUGGGCGUUGCGCUGGAGAAAGAGGUAGAAGGAGAUUUACUGCUGGCGGAUGCGGGGCAGGGCGUACCGUUUCGGCCGGGAACUUUCGAUGCUGCGAUUAGCAUUAGUGCGGUUCAAUGGCUGUGCAAUGCUGAGACGAGCGAGGAGAGUCCUGCGGGCAGGUUAUCGAGGUUCUUCAACCAGCUUUAUGCGAGUCUGAAGAGGGGAGGGAGGGCUGUUUGCCAGUUCUAUCCUAAGAACGAUGCGCAGAAGAAGAUGGUGGCGCAGGCGGCGAUCAAGUCUGGUUUCGGUGCGGGUCUGUUGGAGGACGAUAUGGGGACGAAGAGCGCGAAGACGUAUCUUGUUCUGACUGUGGGUGGUGGCGCGCUGGAUGGCGACAUUACGGGCGUUGUGAGGGGUAUGGACGGCGUUGACGUCGAGGAUGCACGGAGAAAGGCCAAGGGCAUGAAGAGGGGCGAGGAACGCAAGGGCAGCAAGGCGUACAUCAUGAAGAAGAAGGAGCAGAUGGAGAGACAAGGAAAGGUCGUCAAGGCCUCGUCCAAGUACACUGGCAGGAAGAGGAGGAUCCAAUUCUAG